AUGCAUACUUAUUUACUAACCAAGAUGUUGAAGUUGAAUGAAAAUUUUCUCCCAUGUCAUCUGUUGCGCUUGAAAAUAACGAAAACUCGUUUCUCACAAAUACAAAGCAAACAAAAAGUGACCGAAAUUCAUGAAACAUGCGCAAUAAAUGUUGCUGAAGACUUUCAGAGCUUUUAUCUAGUUUGUUCUAUUAAAAUCAACUUCAGUAGUCAAAACAACAAGAAGAAAAAAUUACAAACUAAUUUGGAAAGUCGAGGUGAAACAGGUCGAUUGAAAAUAUUGAAAAAAAAGCACAAAGUUUAUGUAAAUAUUUCAUCGUCAGCUUUGGGGACAUGUUUGGUUCUCAGGUGGAAAGAUAUUAAAUUUCCACAAGACUUAAAUCACCCUUGUGGUGAUAUGAGUUGUUAUGUUGCUUAUGAAUGUUAUUUUAAUGGAAUGGUUUGUGAAACAUAA